AUGUCUUCAAGAUAUCCGAUUCUUGAUGAAAAGGGUUAUCCAAUUGAAACAGAAAAUGAAGAAAUGGUUCCAGAUGUUGUGAGCAAUGAGAGUGUAAAGAGUGACAAGCAGUGUGGUAUUAUCGAGACGGUUGAUGAUGAUAGUAUUGCAAUGGUGGACCAAGAAGUGGAACAUAUGGAGUUUGCAGCUUCUGCAGUUUCGGUGAAUGUGACGCUGACAGAGGACUUGAUUCGCUCUUCUACUAAAGAGACCGUUGUUGCAGUUACUGAGAGUGUCUUAACAGAAGCAGUAGUAUGCGGUCCCGAGGGUUCAAGUAGUGUAAAGCCACAGAAUGGUUAUGGUCAGGAUUCUGUUACCAAGCAGGAGAAUAAGGAGUCAAGGCCCCAGCUGGAGUGCGACGCUAAGCCCCAAUGUGAGCAUCUCACACCCAACUCUUUACUUCCUGAAAAUCACGUAUCUGAGGUCAGCCCUAGUUUAGGGUCACAAGUAAAAUCUGAUUCUGUUUCUUGUAAUUUUGUGUCAACUAAUCAAAAGAAUGAAAUAAAGAAUACUAUAAUUGCUAAUGGUGACAAAUUAGAACAAGAAAUUGUUAGGUCAAAGAUGGUGGAAGAACCAUCGUCCAGAAUUGAUGUCCCUGUUUAUGAUGAAUCACAUUCAAUGGAUGUUGAAGAGCUAGACGAGAUAAAGUUACCUGUUGAGGAAAAUAGCAGUAUCAACAAAAGACCAAACCUGAACAAGACCAAUAGCAAUGGAGAUGUUGGGUAUCCAGAAAAGUUCAACUUGGAUGGAAAUUUUGAUGAUGAGUCCAUGGAUGAGGAUAUGCUGGAGAUCAAGCAAUUUGAUUCUAAGUUUAAUAAUGAACUUGGAGAGAAAAGGGAAAGUGUUGAAAUAACGAAUGUGAAGGAGCAUGAUACUGUUGUGGUAAGAGAUGGUCUAUCUUCAAAAGAUGGUGCCUACCAUAAUAAUGAUAUUCCUUCUGUUUUCCUUGUCAAAAUACACAAAUUUCCAGAUCAAACAUCAGUUGAGAAUAACAAGUCUGCAAAGCGACAAAGGUGGAACUCUGAAACAGUUAAAGGUUCAAAUACACAAAGGUCAACUGUCAAACCUGCUACUGCACCAACGGUUGAGCCAAUUUCAUUGAAGUGCAAUUUCUCUUUGUCUGAUUCCCCAGCAAUUGAUGAUGCACGCAAAGAACGUAUUGUUCCACCAUCACAAAGGCCCCCAACUAAUUCCCUCAGGAUUGAUGGUUUCCUCCGACCUUUUACCUUAAAAGCAGUGCAAGGACUUCUGGGUAAAACUGGGAAUUUCACCAUUUUUUGGAUGGACGUAAUAAAAACCCAUUGCUACGUCAGUUACACUACUGUUGAAGAAGCCGUUGAGACCCGAAAUGCUGUUUAUAAUCUUCAAUGGCCUCCAAAUGUUGGACGCCUUUUAGUUGCCGAGUAUGUUGAACCCGAAGAUGUGAAAAUGAAGCUAGAACCUCCUCCCCCUGUUGACUUUGUCAACAAUGAUUCAACAGCUUCUCCAGUUCCAGUCACACUUCCUCCUCCGCAACUGUUGUCAAAGCUCCUGCCAGCGGCUAGAGAACGGCUUCCGCCGCCACCAUCUUUGUCAUUGCUCCUGCCAGCAGCUAGAGAACAGCUUCCACCACCACCACCUUUGUCAGAGCUUCCGCCACCACCUAGAGAAUGGCUUCCACCGCCACCACCUAGAGAAUCGUGUCCACUGUCACCACCUAGAGAAUGGCGUCCACUGUCACUGCCUAGAGAAUGGCGUCCACUGUCACCGCCUAGAAAAUGGCGUCCACUGCCACCACCAUUGUCAAAUCUCUCGCCAUAUGUUAGAGAACGGAUUCCAUCGGCACCACCCCUCCCAAAGAAAGGUGACAAACUUAUUGUUACAGUUGAUGACUUCUUUCGCAAAACCAGAGCAACUCCUCAGAUCUAUUAUUUACCAUUAUCCGACGACCAAGUUGCAGCAAAACUGGCAGCAAUGGGCAGAGGCGUUAAGCAGUAG